AUGAGGAGCUUCAGGAUCCAGAGAGGAGAAGAGACCACCAGUGCAGUGCCUGUCGUGAAAGAGGAUGAGAAUGAUGGUGAAGACGAAGUACUGGCUGUGGUGUCUGGUGUGCGGCACCCCUUUAAUGCUGAGCAACGUGUUGGCCACCUACCAGCUCAACCCGCGGAGCUAUGCAGAGAGCAGAAGCAAUGGACGGACAUCCGCAAGGUUCCUCGACCCAUCAAUGGCGACUCCACCUGUGGUGUACCUUCCGACAGUCCCUCCCACCCUGCGACUAACCACGACAUCAACUAUCGCACCGACUCUGCCACCAACAACCAUAACCACCAUGCCACCAGUGACAACCACUUUGGCACCAGUGGAGACCACCACUCCAGUGCCGGUCAGUACCCAAAGCGGCUCAACCACCACCAUCAGUCCGAGCUACCAGAUUCUCAGUGCAGCAGCCGCCUCUUGGACCUGGUCUUCAUUAUCGACAGUUCACGUAGCAUUCGCCCCAGUGAUUUUGAGAAGGCCAAGGUAUUCCUGGCGCUCAUGGUGGACACGUUGGGGGUGGGCUCGGAUGCCACCAGAGUAGCCGUGGUCAACUAUGCCAGCACGGUCAAGAUCGAGUUCCUGCUCAAAGACCACUUCAACAAGCUUGACAUGAAGAAGGCCAUCUCUCGCAUCGAGCCCCUGGCUUCCGGCACCAUGACGGGCCUGGCCAUCAAAACUGCGGUAGAUGAAGCCUUCACAGAAGAGUCUGGAGCCCGGCCUCCGUCUCGUAACAUUGCCAAAGUGGCUAUCAUCGUGACGGAUGGAAGGCCUCAGGACCACGUAGAGGAAAUCUCCGCCACAGCUCGUGCUGCAGGCAUCGAGAUUUACGCCGUCGGGGUGGACCGCGCAGACAUGGACUCUCUGAAGCUGAUGGCCAGCUUGCCUCUGGAGGACCACGUUUAUUACGUGGAGACCUACGGCGUUAUCGAGAAGCUCACCUCCAAGUUUCGGGAAAACCUGUGCGGUCUGGACCCCUGUGCCCUUGGGAAUGACUGCGAGCACAUUUGUGUCAACAGCAAUGCUUCCUUUUAUUGCAAGUGCCGCACCGGUUAUAUCUUGAAUGCAGACAAGAAAACAUGUUCCAGGACACUGGUGAAGCCAGUGGUGGCAGAAGAUCCUUGCAAGUGUGAAGCCAGACUGGCUUUCCAGAAGCAGACGCAGGCUGCCAUGCAGAAACUCACUGCCAGACAUAUCCUUCCUGUUGUAAACAGCACAUAA